CGAGGUGAGAGAUGCCUCUUGGAGGGUUUGUGAGCGUCGUCGUGGGAAUAGCUCCGGGGAGGAGGUCGAGGAUAGAGCGCUUUUGGCGCUGAAAGGAAAAGCGGAAUAUUGUGAUCGUAUCUUUGCAGCAGGAGGUGACUCCGGAGGGUGCUGAAGGAUUGCAGAGUUGGAGGAAGAGCCGGAGCUGAGAGGAUGGGUGUUACCUGUGUUUCCCAGAUUCCUGCAGUUGAGGGCAAGAGUGUUCAGCAAGCAGUGGAAAUGCUCACCAAGAAACUGGAGAUAUUGGGUGCUGUUAAGCAGGGGACGUUUUGUGUGGACUGUGAAACCUAUCAUGCAGGACCAACUGUGACCAUCCCAGGGCAGGCUGCAAAGUUCAUGUACGUUAUGCACAACACAGAAUAUCCUCUCAGCUGCUUUGCACUUUUUGAAAACGGCCCCUACUUGGUGGCAGACUCAAACUUUGACACGCUGAUGAUCAAACUGAAGGGGUUUUUCCAGAAUGCAAAAAGCAGCAAGAUAGAGAGCCGUGGACCUCGCUACCAAUAUGGCGAUUUCCUAGUAAAGGUUGGGACGGUCACCAUGGGACCAAGUGUGCGUGGCAUAUCAGUUGAGGUGGAGUACUGUCCUUGCAUUGUAUCCAAUGACUGUUGGAAUCUCAUGAUGGAAUUCAUGCAAAGUUUCAUGGGAAGCCAUACACCCGGGAUUCCUUCUGUAUUCUCAACAAAACAUGACGGAAUUUAUUCACCAACAGACACAGCUAUUCAAUACAUGGAGCUGUUCAAUAAGAUUCGGAAACAGCAACAGGCCCCUGUGUCUGGAAUUAGAUAGACUACUUCAGUGUAGGAAAUCUACAUUGAGUCACAUACGGACUUUGUACUUUUUGUUUCUUUUUGCAGUCUAAGCCACAUUCUUGCUGAAGUAAAUAGCAGAUUUUCAAUAUGGAAUAUUCUUGGAAGCAUUCAAGGUGCUGCAAAAAUCUCUCCAGUACUUUGUUUCAAAGAAGCAGAAGGUGGAGUGAAGAAAAAUGGUUUGUUGCUUUCCCUCUCUAUCGACAGAUGUGGCCACUCAACAUCUGGGUGUCACUUUUCUGACGUGGUCAGUGAAGUCUUCCCGUGCUUUAUUUUUAACCUCUUCUCCCUCUACCAUCCCAACUCUGCUCACACUGAUUCCCUUGUUAUAUUUGGAAUUUUUUUUGGAGCAGAAUUGUUCAAUUAAAUAUAGGCACAACCUGAAGUGAUGACAUCCGCUGACUUGGCUGUGCAAUCAGUGCUUUUGCAAUUUCAAGUCGGGCUACCUUAAGCAAGUGGUGCGUGGAAGCUGUCAGGAAAGAUUUGAAGAGAGUGGUACAGCCUUAUGAAGAAGGAUCACUGGACCCAAAACGUUAACUGUCCUUUCUCUCCACAGGUGCUGCCAGAUCUGCUGAGAUUUUCCAGCAACUUCUGUUUUUGUUACAGCCUUGUUUUUGAUUGCACAUCCAAUCUUCGAUUUGAAAGGCAUGUGAGUGAUUGGCUAAUUCAGACUGCCGGCCUGGCUGUGGGCCAUGUGGGGUUUAGAAACAGAGCAACAGAGGAAAAAUGCUCGCUAGCUCCUCACAGCCAAAUAAUCUUUAAACAAAACCAAUGUUGGAAAUCCAAAAUAAAAAUAAAAAAUUCAAAAAAAUUUGACUAGUACAUGAAGUAUCUGUGGAAAGAGGAAGCUGCUGAUGAAUGUUUACGGUUUUUCUCACUUACAGAUGCUGCUUAACCAGAAUAUUGCCUGUAUUUUCUGUUUUGAUAAAUUAAGUCUUAAUAUCUUCCUGUACGACUGUACGGGUCACAAGCUCAAUGGAAAGAAACUGCUUUGCUUUAGAUUAUGACUGAAAGAUUGUCUUAGGCUUUGUAAACCCUUUUUUUCUGCUGGUUCUUAAUGGGCAAAUGAAUUUAGUGAGAUUAGUUAAUAGAUCUUAGUUUGUGUUAAAAUAUAAGUUGGUCAACAUCACAAGUACAUUGCUCCCAGGCUGAGGAGGGAAUUUAAAACAAAAAAAAUGCCCCAUUUCUGACCAGUUGACUCCCACUGGAGCAAUUGUGUGGGCUUCUAGAGAGGGCAAGAUCUGGCUACAUCAGUCCUUGUGACCAUACAGCCUGCUGAGGCAGAUUUACAUAUGAAUGGCGCCUCUUGUGACGUACUGGUCAACUGCUGGUGCUGUUGGGUGUUUCUAAAUUUUGGCUAUUAGAUGUUUAAAAUUCUCUACAAUUGUAUCUAUCAUUGAAGCUGUCCAAUGCUAUUGUUCUUAAAAAAAAAAAAAAAAUGAUUAAAAUAAUUUGAGUUUGCUUUUUGCUUUCUGAGCUACCUUCCAACUGGGUUCACUGGAUAGUAAUCAAAACUGGGGAUAAUUACUGUUUCCCUAUCUCCUGGUCGAGGAGUGCUAAAGAAACAUAUGGUGUUCCACCUGCUCAGAUUAGCAAACUCAAAUCAAGAGAAAGGGAGGGACACUGAUAACCUGGAUGGCUCCAUUCCCUACUGCAAUGAGAUUUUUGAUGGCCAUCAAAACAAUUUAUGGAGCACAACUUACUCCCAAAAGUAAGGUAAAACACCCAAUACAUUGGGGAGGUGAAGAAAUCCAAUUUUAUUGCAAUAAGUUUUUAGAUGCCUUAAUUCUGAAACUCAUUACGUCUCUUGUUUUAAGCUAUACAGACUGUGUUAUGUAGCAUAUUGUAUUUCUGUGUAUAGUUAAUGGUUUUAUCUAUUUGUGGAAAAGACAAUUCAUUAAUGGGACACACCACUCCACAACUGCCAGAGAUUGAGAUAAUGUCAUAAACCACAAAGGCAAACCAUAAGUGACUUACGAACGAUGUCAAUUUUGGGAGGUGUUCAUGCUCAGAAUCCCUUUCAAAAGUGCAAGAUUUACAGUGUGCUGAAUGCAGAGUAUUCUUGUUCAUUUUGUGCUGAGGAUUGCUACAAUGGAAUUGUUGGAUUUAUGAAGUAAUAUUGUGUCAUACGGUGGCUUGGUAAGCAGAAAUAGUGAGAUUUAUUUAACUGAGCAAAUAGACAAACAAAAGACAAACAAACCUGUCUGCUGAAAAACAAAAAGAAAUACAAAUAUGCUAGAAAUGUGAUACAGUAAUAAAAUGCGGGAAAUGUUCAGGUUGUUUACAAAAUGUGGAGACCAGUUCUGAUGAAGGAUGCACAUCUGACUUUUAAACUAGUCUGUGAUUGUUUUUGUAUUUUUUUUUUCUCCCCACCUCAACAUUUCAGAUAAGGAAGGGAUGUUUCCAGUUCUUCAGCAACUUGUUAACAUGCUUCCAGUGAAGGCCUAGAUAGAAUGUUGGUAUGGUUACUUGGCCAUGAGAAGCAUCAAACUUGAUCUGAAUCAGUUAUCCAUUUUGUAGGUGAAAUGUCCCAAAAUGUUUCACAAGACCAUAAUAAGAUAAUGACGGCACCUAGUCAACACAUAAGACAGAUGACCCAAAUCUUGAUCAACAAGGUAACUCUUAAGAACCAUCUUAAAGGAAGAGAGCAAAGCAGAAAGAUUUGAGAGAGUUCCAUAAAUUUGCUGCCAGACAGCUGAAGCAAUGAUUGGAAGUUGUAGGAGGUAGAAGACGCACAAAACUGGAAUUGGAGAUAUGCAGAGUUGACUGUGAUUGCAAGGCUUGGGGAAGUUGCUGAAAUAAGCCUUCCAUCAUCAGACAGCCAGACGUUAUGCUUUUGACUGUGUUCAUUGGAUCGUAAUGAAAACUGGGGUAAUUUCUCUUUCCUAUCUCCUGGUCAAGGAAUGCUAAGGAAACAUAUAGUGCUGCACCUGCUCAAAUUAGCAAACUCAAAACAAGAGUAAAGGAGGGAUCCUGAGAGCCUGGACAUCUUAAUUCCCUACUGCAAUGAGAUUUUUGUCUAUCCUCAGGACUGUUUCUUUGCACAUUUAUUUCUGCUCAAUUGGUACAAUAUGGGAAUAAAUACCCAAAUAGCCUUUUAAAACAGGGGGCAAUAAAAGUGGCUCAUUCAUUUUGCUUGUUCGGGAUCGUACUGCACUUGUGACAAUUAUAUGUGCUGUCAUAGAAUCUGUUUUUGUGUUAUUCUUUCAUGGGAUGCAGGCAUCACUGGUUAGGCCAACAUUUAUGCCAUUCAUGAAACCUCGGACAGUUAAAUGUCAACAAUAUUUUCCUGGGUCUAGGAUCAAAAGUAGGUCAGACCAGGUAAGGUCAGCAGAUUUUCUCCCUGAUGUGGAAGUUAUGUGAUCUUGUAUAAUGUUCAAGAUUAAGUGAGUUACUAUUUGUUUCACCCUGCCUUUUAUAAGAAAUAGAUGCAGGAACUGGCUAUUUCUGAACUUGCUCCACCAUUCAAUAAGAUUACAGAUGAGCUAAUUUUAGUCUUUACUCCACUUUCCUGACUCUAUAUCCCUUGAUUUCUUUGAUCAAAAAGCUAACUUAAUCUUGAAUAUGUUCAAUGAUCCAGCCUCCACUGUGCUCCAAGAGACCUUCAGAGGAAAAAAAAUGUCAUCUCAGUCUUAAAUGGCUCACUCCUUAUUUUAAAAAUGUGAUAGGGUCUCCAGCUCUAAGGAUGUCCCUCACAAGCGAAAUCACCAUCUUAGCCUCUACCUCUCAAGUUCCCUUAUUAUCUUUUGUUUCAGUAAUAUUACCCCUUAUUCAUCUGCUGAACUUUAUCUGGACUGCUUUCCAAUGCAAAUAAUAUCCCUCCUUAAUAAGGAGACAAAUACUGCAUGCAGGUCUCUAGAUGCGGCCUCACCAGUGCCUUGUCCAGUUGUAGCAAAGCUCCCUACUUUAAUGAUGCACCCCCCUUCCAAUCAUAGUGAAUUUUACUCCCCAGUGAUUGAAAACAGUAUUGCUCCGUUCCUCAAGAAGUCAGCACAAGUAACCAAGUUGUUAGUGCACCAUCUGGUAUCCAGCCCUACAAUGCAGGAGGCCAAUCAUGUUUAUUGUGCCUGUGCUGAGGAAUUAAUAAAUAAAAGCAAUGACAA